GCCUGGUGGCGCUGCAGGCUAAGAGAGUGAAUAACAAGAGUCUGGCUAUCACGGACGCCAUGAAGCUGGGAAUCAGAACUCUGAAUGCUCACUAAAGAAGAAAGCAUUUUAGGUAAGAUCUAGGGACAGGGAUCUUCAGAGUGCGCAUACCAGUGCAAAGCAGAACCAGAAAUACCUAAUUCGAGGUUAUUUAACCAAAUCAUCUGGAUUGAUUGUAUACCGAGCUGAAGAAACUCCAUCUUCUGGACCGGGACUGAACAAUGGAGACUGCGCUAGCAAAAACGCCACAGAAAAGGCAAGUUAUCUUUCUGGCUAUACUGUUGUUUUUGCGGGAGGCUGACGCUGAGGCAAUUAGGUAUUCCAUGCCAGAAGAAAUAGAAAGUGGCUCCUUUGUGGCCAACCUGGCAAAAGACCUGGGUCUCAGCGUGGGGGAACUGGUCACUCGGGGCGCGAGAAUCCAUUACAAAGAAAACAAACAGCUCUUGCAGCUCGAUGUAAAGACCGGGAAUUUGCUUCUACGAGACAAACUAGACCGGGAAGCGCUGUGCGGGGCGACAGAACCCUGUGUACUGCAUUUCCAACUAUUACUGGAAAACCCGGUGCAGUUUGUUCAAGUUGAACUGCAGCUCAAAGAUAUAAAUGACCAUUCCCCAGAGUUCUUAGAGAGUGAAAUGCUUCUAAAAAUCCCAGAGAGCGUCCAGCCAGGGACUGUGUUUCCUUUGAAAAUAGCUCAGGACUCUGACAUAGGUAGCAACACUGUUCAGAACUACACAAUUCUCCCCAACCCACAUUUUCAUGUUCUCACGAAUAAUCGCGGAGAUGGCAGAAAAUACCCGGAGCUGGUGCUGGACAAAGGCCUGGAUCGGGAGGAGCAGCCUGAACUUAGGUUAACCAUCACUGCGCUGGACGGUGGGGCUCCGCCCAGGUCUGGGACUAUUGCAGUCCUAAUUGAAGUCGUGGACAUCAAUGACAACGCCCCUGAGUUUUUACAGUCACUCUAUGAGGUGCAGGUCCCCGAGACCAGCACCCUUAAAUCCUUGGUUGUCGCUGUCUCCGCCCGAGAUUUAGAUGCAGGAACAUACGGGAGGGUUGCCUACGCUCUGUUCCAAGGGGAUGAAGGGACUCAACCGUUUGAAAUAGACGAAAUUACAGGAGAAAUUCGUCUGAAAAGGAUACUGGAUUUCGAAGCAACUCAAUAUUACAACGUGGAAAUUGUAGCCACAGACGGCGGGGGCCUUUCAGGAAAAUGCACUGUAGCUGUACAAGUGCUGGAUGUGAAUGACAACGCCCCUAAACUGACGAUGUCUACGCUCACCAGCCCUACGCCGGAAAACUCCCCGGAAACUGUAGUUGCUGUUUUCAGUGUUUCAGAUCCAGACUCUGGGGACAACGGAAAGGUGGUUUCCUCCAUCCAGGACGACCUCCCAUUUCUCCUGAAAUCCACAUUCAAGAACUUUUACAUGCUAGUGACCGAGAGGCCACUGGACAGAGAAAGCAGAGAGGAGUACAACAUCACCAUCACCGUCACUGACUUGGGGUCACCAAGGCUGAAAACCGAGCACACCAUAAAUGUGCUGGUCUCCGACGUCAAUGACAACGCGCCCACCUUCUCCCAAACCUCCUACACCCUGUUCGUCCGCGAGAACAACAGCCCUGCCCUGCACAUGGGCACCGUCAGCGCCACAGACAGAGACUCAGGCUCCAACGCCCAAGUCACCUACUCACUGCUGCCGCCCCAGGGCCCACACCUCCCCCUCGCCUCCUUGGUCUCCAUCAACGCAGACAACGGGCACCUCUUCGCUCUCAGGUCACUGGAUUACGAGGCCCUACGAGCGUUCGAGUUCCGCGUGGGCGCGAUAGACGCAGGUUCCCCCGCGCUGAGCAGCGAGACGUUGGUGCGCGUGGAGGUCGUGGACGAAAAUGACAACUCGCCCUUCGUGCUGUACCCGCUGCAGAACGGCUCUGCGCCCUGCACAGAGCUGGUGCCCAGGGCGGCUGAGGCGGGCUACCUGGUGACCAAGGUGGUGGCGGUGGACAGCGACUCGGGUCAGAACGCCUGGCUGUCCUACCAGCUGCUCAAGGCCACGGAGCCCGGACUGUUCAGCGUGUGGGCUCACAAUGGCGAAGUGCGCACCGCCAGGCUGCUGAGCGAGCGCGACGCCGCCAAGCACAGACUCAUCGUGCUGGUCAAGGACAACGGCGAGCCGCCAAUGUCGACCACCGUCACGCUGCACGUUCUCCUAGUGGAUGGGUUCUCGCAGCCCUACCUGCCGCUCCCGGAGGUGGCCCGGGACGAGGCUGAAGCCGACUCGCUCACUGUCUACUUGGUCAUUGCGUUGGCGUCGGUCUCGUCGCUCUUCCUGUUCUCCGUCGUCCUGUUCGUCGGGGUGCGGCUGUGCAGGAGGAACAGGGCCGCCUCGGUGGGUCGCUGGUCGGUGCCUGAGGGCCACUCUCCGGGCCACUUGGUGGACGUCAGCCGCACUGGGACACUGUCCCAUAACUAUCAGUAUGAGAUAAGUCUGACAGGAGGCUCCGGGACAAAUGAGUUCAAAUUCCUGAAGCCGAUUAUCCCCAAUUUCCCGCCCCAGGGAACUAGCAAAGAAAUUGAUAAAAACAUCACAUUCCGGAACAGCUUUGGAUUCAAUUAGUGAUCUGAUCAUAAUGCAACAUAUUCUGGCAUUUAUCCUUAACUUCUCUAGAUACCAAAACCCUGGUGUUUACAGUGGUUAAGUACUAUGGCUGCUAACCAAGAGGUCGGCAGUUCGAAUCCGCCAGGCUCUCCUUGGACACUCCAUGGGACAGCUCUACUCUGUCCUAUAGGAUCGCUAUGAGUCUGAAUCGACUCGAAGGCAGUGGGUUUGAUUUUUUUUUCUUCCUCUAGAUAGCGUUUGAGAAUGUCAUGGAGAAAAACCCCACCUGCAGGUAUAGCCUUGAUUUUUCUUUUGUAAUGGAUCUGUCCAUUGAACUUUAUCUUGUCCAAUUUUGGAAAACACAGUUUACUUUAUUUGCAUUUAUUUACAUAGUGCCCAUUCUCUGCAUGCCAUUUUCCUGAAAUUUUUGCCCUUCUUGUCAGAAUUUGUCAUGAUGAAUUGUCUUAAUGAAAUCAAUUAUUAAUUAUAUUUUCUCAGUAUCCUACCAAUUUUGUUUCAUUAAACUCUAAGUAUAAAAAAGUAUACUUGAUGUUAAAUAGCAAAAUUAAAAAGUUUACAUAAUUUUGUUUUAAUUGCUUUAAAAGGAACGCAGGUAACAAAUCAAAUAUGUGAGAAAGCAUUAUGAUGAAAAGCAGCAACAUCCUGUUUGUUCUUCUUUCCCAGCCCUGAUCCUCAUUGGCUAACAUUUUAAAAACAAAUUUCCUUAUUGAAUUAUAUAUACCGAAAAGUGGCCAAACCUUGAUGUUCAGCUCAAUGUAUUUUCACAAAGUGAACAAAAUUGGUACCAGCAGCCUGACGAAAAAAGAAAACAUUACCAGCACUCCAGGUUCCACACAAAUUACCACCUAUAAUCACUAUGAACUCAAGGAUAACAGAUAUCUUCACUUCCAGUUUCAUGGGUUAGUUAUGCCUGUUUUGAAUUCAUAUAAAUGGGAUAGUAGAGCAUGAACCGUUUUGUGUCUGGCUUCUUUUACCCAUUAUAUUUGUGAAAUAUAUCUAUGAUACUACAUUAAAUUUUAGUACUUUCGUUCUCAUUACUGCACAGAAUGCCAGUGUGUGAAUAUGCACAAUUUAUUACCCAUCAUACUGUAGAUCAAUAUUUGGGUUGGUACAGGGUUUGGCUAUUAUGAAUAGUGCGGCUAUGCUCAUUCUUGUACAUGUCUUUUGGCAAAUGUGUGUAUGCAUUUCUGGAUUGGAUGCAUUCUGGAAGUGGGGGUAAUUCUAUGACAAUAAUUAAUUUUAUUUAGGAAACAGGGAAAACAAAGUGAGUGGAAACUGUAAUUGGUAAAAGUAGCAUUCACUCAUAUUAGCCAGAAAAAGGGGUCUUUGGUCAUUUUUAUAGUUUGGACAAUGUCCUUGUUUUUAUCUCUGCUCAAACAUGAUUAUGAAGUAAUACUAUUUUGGUCUUGGUACAUCAGGGUCACAAUGGUCUUUUCUGGUGUUAGUUUUCUGUGAAAAUUUUUAUGCUCAACAGGAGAAGACCACGGCUAGCUGUCAGUGCCAGGCUACUUUUGUCAGAGGCUACUUUUCCUGGUUGUCAAAGGCUACUUUUCUCUUCCUCAAAAUAUUGUUUUUUGAAGAGCCAUAUUACUUAGUGAAAAGCACUGUAUUUCCUGCUCUUUGAAUCCAGUAUUGUGCUUCCUGUGUCAAAGUACAAUAUUCUUAGAAUCAAUAUCAAAUAGAUUAACCAUUUUAGACUCUAUCAGUUGGCUUUACCAUAUCUUUAAAAUCAAUAAUAAUUCAAUACUCAAUAAAUAAUUGUUUCCCAUAUUUCCUACCUUUUUAUCUUUCUGUUUCCAUCUGGACUAAAUGAUCUAUAAGUCAGUAUGAAAACUGUCAUCUAAUCAUCAUACCUCUCCUAAGGUAAAAUGAUAACAUCAGUAAAUAUAAUACAGCAGUCACUAAAAAAAACAUACAAAAUGAUGUACUCCAAAAACACUAUGAAUACAUCAAAAUGAAAUUCUAAACAAUAUUCUAAUAACCCAGUAAGAAGAAUAGAUAAAUAAAAAAAGAGAUAAAACAGAAAACAAAAAAUAAAAUGGCAGACUUAAGCUCUAACAUAUCAAUAAUUAUAUUAAAAGUAAAUGGCCUAAAUAUACCAAUUAAAGAGAUUGGAAGAAUGGGUUAAAUUUUUUAAAAAGCUUGAGCCAACUAUAUGCUGUCUAUAAGCAACUCACUUCAAAUAUGACAUAGGCAGGUUGAAAGUAAAAGAAUGGAAAAGUAUAUCAUGCAAACGUCAACCAAAAGAAAGCAGCAGUGGCCAUGUUAAUGUCAGGUAAAGUAUACUUCAAAGAAAAUUAUCAGAGACGGAGAAGGACAUUAUAUAAUGAAAAAAGGCCCAAACCAUCAAGAAGAGAAAGCAAUCAUAAAUGUGUAUACACCAAACAACAGAACUGCACAAUAUGUGAAGCAAAAACUGAUAGAACAGAAAGGAGAAAUAGGCAAAUCCACAAUUAUAUUUAGAGACUUGAAUACUUCUCUCAACAACCAGUAGAACAACUAGACAUAAAAUCGGCAAAGAUAUAGAAGAACUCAACAGUGUCAUCAACCAACAGGAUCUAAUUCAUAUUACAACAGAAGAAUCAAUGAGAAAAAGCUGGUUCUCUGAAAAGAUCAAUAAAAUUGACAAUCAUCUGGCAAGACUGACAAAAAGUCUUCUUACUCAACCAUUUGAGAUUUCAAAUGUGAUGUAGCCUCAACUUCUUUUAUAUUUUAUUUUCAAACUUGUCAGUAGUAUAUCUUCCAUCAAUCAGGAGACAUCUUUGAUUGCUUACGUAUCUAUCUUUUCCCUAAAUUAUUGUGCUUUUAUUUGCAUAUGAUUAAAGAAGACUUGUAAAAGGUUCAGUUUAUCUUUAGAAGUUUUGAAUUUAUCUUUCAAUUUUUAAUAAACUUGAAGAAUUGUUUUAAAUUAUAAUGGUAUUAGAGGAAAGCAAACAUUUGUAGCAUAAAAAUGAAACUCAGCUUAACUAUGCAGUUAUUAUAAGCUAACUAAAGAAAAUUUAGUUUAACAUACUUUAUAAUGUUUCAUCAGUUUAGGUACUAUUUCUGAUCAUUGGUCAUCAUCCAGUUGAAUUAAUCUUAUAAAUAUCCAUCACUUAAAUUUAGCAUACAUGAUCAGGAUAUGGUGCUUUUUUUCAUUGUCUCCUUUUCCUUGUUAUAUCCAGACGAGACCAAGAUUUUGCCACCCAAUUAUUAAAAUGAAGCUGAAAAAUAAGACUAAGAUGAGUUCCAGUGAAUAAUGGAAAUGUUCUAUAUCUUGAAAGAGGUGUGGGUUAUCAGGCAUACCAAUUUGUUAAAGUGGUACAGUUAAGAUUGGUGAAUUUUAAUUUACAUAAACAUUACCCCCCAAAAAGAACUAUAUAAAAGUAAUCAUUGAGUGGGAGGCAGAGAAUGGAGGGAAAGGUAUAGAUGAAACAAGAAUAACAGAAUGUUGUGGAGGUGAGUGCUGUGUACGUAGAGGUUUAUUAUGCUAUUCUGUUUACUUAGUAUAUGUUGCAAUUUUUCCACAAUAAAAAUUUUAGAUGAUUCCUUGUGAGAACAUGCUUAAGUAGUCAAUUCAACUCUACUUUAGCAAGUCAAAUCAAAACAAAUGGGAUCAAGCAGAUAAAUGUUCUCCUGCAGGAAUCUAAUGGAAUCUCCUUUACAUAAAAAGGCAGUUUCUUGACAUACUCAACUAAUAUCUUUUUUAGUCUAUUGAGAUAUUAUCCUUCUUCUCUCAUAACUACCAACAUUCUCAGGAACCAAAUGUGGAGCACUUUUAAAUAGACAUUUCAGUGAUCUAAAUUGAAUUAGACAUAUAUUGUGUUAUUACUAAAGAUUGCUUUAAAAUGAAAAAUAAUUCAAUUGGUUGUGUUUAAGGAUGCCUGGGGGUGUGCUGCAGGCAAAGAAAGUGAAUAAAGGACUCUUUAGAUUCCAGGGAUGCCUUUAAGAUUGAAACACAAUUCAGAAUGCUCACUCAGGGAGCAUUUAGGAUUGUGCUGGAAAUAAGCUUGUUUCAGAGAGGAAACUAAAUCCAUCCAAGAUGUUUAUGGUUGUUGGUUUUGCUUCAUGGGUUAAUUUGUUUUUUACUUCAGGGAAAUAGGCUAUGCAUAUCCUUAAGCAACAGACUGUUCUCAGCUGCAUUUAUCAAGUGAACCCCGAAGGCUGGUCACACUGGCCUUCCUUCUCUUUAUUCUUCUGGGUAGACAGAGAUGGUUUUUAACUAAAAAAUGACCUCAUCUGUGCAGAGUUUAGAGUUUAUUUAGCUUUAUUUAUUUUGGAGCCCAGGUGGGAUGCACAGUGGUUAAGAGCUUGGCUGCUUUGGUUGGUCCUUCGAAUUCACUACAAGAUCCUUAAGAGUUGGAAUCGACUCAAUGUCAAUGGCUCUUUUUUUUUUUUUUACCUACAUUUGAAGUAUUUU